CUCUAGUGCAUAUGCGUAUUUGGGUAAAAUAAAUUUUGUGCUGCAAUUUCAACACCGAUUUUAUUUUUGCGAAUUUACAAACUGUUAAAAUGCAACUGUUGCGCUUAAAUAAUAAGUAGACGCUGCUUUCGUUUAAUACGUGAAGUGAAUAUUGCUGUGUGUUGAACAGCAACAGCAAGAGCGAAAGCUACAUGAGAACCAUGACAAAAGACUACGACUAUUUACUAAAGGUUCUACUGGUUGGGGAUAGCGAUGUGGGUAAACAUGAAAUACUCUCCAAUCUGGAGGAUCCAUCCACAGAAAGCCCCUUCUGCAGUGGCAAUGACUGCACAUCUCACAUAUUGCAAACGGUAGCAUAUAAAACAACAACGAUAUUGCUGGAGGGUAAACGGGUCAAGCUACAGAUAUGGGAUACAUCCGGCCAGGGGCGUUUCUGCACCAUAAUACGCUCGUAUUCACGAGGUGCUCAGGGUAUUAUAUUAGUGUACGAUAUAACAAACAAAUGGAGCUUCGAUGGCAUCGAUCGCUGGCUGAAAGAGGUCGAAGAGCAUGCACCUGGCAUACCCAAAGUAUUGGUUGGAAAUCGUUUGCACUUGGCCUACAAGCGUCAGGUGGCUGCCAAACAGGCCGAAACCUAUGCCUCACGCAACAAUAUGUCCUGCUUUGAGAUAUCGCCACUCUGCGAUUUCAAUAUACGCGAAUCUUUCUGCGAAUUGGCCCGCAUGGCAUUGCAUCGCAAUGGCAUUGAGCAUAUUUGGCGCAGCAAUAAGGUGCUGUCGCUGCAGGAGCUCUGCUGUCGAACAAUUGUGCGUCGGACGAGCGUUUAUGCUAUUGAUUCGUUGCACCUGCCGCCCUCCGUUAAAUCGACACUCAAGUCAUAUGCGUUGACAACGUCACAGUGCUACAAUUCGUUAACACAGAACUCAAAGAGUCGGAAUCGCUGCAAGACGCCCACAAGCAACAGUCGCAACAGUUGUGCGAUCGCGUGAUUGCCGCCUUGUAGGCGGUCAUAUGAAACUGCCUACGCAACAGUAACAGCAACAACAAGAGCAACAGCAGCGCAAUUGCGCCUAAAUCUAAUACCUAUUUUACUUAUAUACUCUUAAGCUUACACACACACACACACACACACACACACACUAAAACUCACACAUCAAAACUAGCGCAAGUAUUUCUUCAAUACAACAAAUUUGUCAUCAGCAUUAAUAUUUAUUACCGUUUCGAUAUCGAUGGUUAUAUUUUUACAUCCUAUUCAUAGAAAAAGAUACAGAUACAUAUACAUACGAUAUACAUAUACUAUAUAUAUAUUUUUUUUAUACUUUAUAACUAUUAACAUUAUAUCACUACAUUUAAUAUCGCAUUACUAUAAU